CGUGACGGGUGCGCCGGGCGUUGGCUCCUCCCUCCCCAAGAUGGCGUCCCUGCUGCAGUCGGAGAGGGUUCUCUAUCUCGUCCAAGGAGAAAAGAAGGUUCGGGCCCCGCUCUCGCAGCUCUACUUCUGCCGCUACUGCAGUGAGCUGCGGUCGCUGGAAUGUGUGUCGCACGAGGUGGACUCACAUUAUUGUCCCAGCUGCUUAGAAAACAUGCCAUCAGCUGAAGCCAAAUUAAAAAAGAAUAGAUGUGCCAACUGCUUUGACUGUCCUGGAUGCAUGCACACUCUUUCCACCCGGGCAACAAGCAUCUCCACGCAGCUUCCAGAUGACCCAGCCAAAACCACCAUGAAGAAAGCCUACUACUUGGCCUGUGGAUUUUGUCGAUGGACUUCUAGAGAUGUGGGCAUGGCAGACAAAUCUGUAGCUAGUGGCGGUUGGCAAGAACCAGAAAAUCCUCACACACAACGGAUGAAUAAGUUGAUUGAAUAUUACCAGCAGCUUGCUCAGAAGGAAAAGGUUGAACGAGAUCGCAAGAAACUGGCACGGCGUAGAAACUAUAUGCCUUUGGCUUUCUCGCAACACACUAUUCAUGUAGUGGACAAGUACAGUCUCGGGACCAGGCUUCAGCGACCACGAGCUGGUGCAUCCAUUAGCACUCUUGCUGGACUUUCUCUUAGAGAAGGAGAAGACCAGAAGGAGGUAAAGAUUGAGCCAGCUCAGGCCGUUGCUGAAGUGGAACCUCUGCCUGAAGACUAUUACACGCGACCAGUGAACUUAACGGAAGUGACCACCCUUCAGCAGCGCCUCUUACAGCCUGACUUCCAGCCAGUCUCUGCUUCACAGCUCUAUCCUCGACACAAGCACCUUCUGAUCAAACGGUCCCUGCGCUGUCGGAAAUGUGAACAUAACUUAAGCAAGCCAGAAUUUAAUCCAACAUCUAUCAAAUUCAAAAUCCAGUUGGUUGCUGUCAACUAUAUUCCAGAAGUGAGAAUCAUGUCAAUCCCCAACCUUCGCUACAUGAAGGAGAGCCAGGUCCUCCUGACUCUUACAAAUCCAGUAGAGAACCUCACCCAUGUGACUCUGUUGGAGUGUGAAGAGGGGGACCCUGAUAACAUCAACAGCACUGCUAAGGUGGUGGUGCCUCCCAAAGAGCUUGUUUUAGCCGGCAAGGAUGCAGCAGCAGAAUAUGAUGAGCUGGCAGAGCCCCAGGACUUCCAGGAUGACCCUGACAUCGUAGCUUUCCGAAAAGCCAACAAAGUGGGCAUCUUCAUCAAAGUCACCCCACGGCGUGAGGAAGGUGAAGUGACCGUGUGCUUCAAGAUGAAACAUGAUUUUAAAAACCUGGCUGCCCCAUCCGCCCGAUGGAAGAAAGUGACCAGGGCACAGAGGUCAUCUGGCUCACUCAGCAUGUGGAACUGAGCUUUGGCCCUCUUCUUCCUUAAAACAAAGUCACCUGGUGGGCAGAUGUCCCCACAGCUGUGCCACCACAACUCUGUAACCGUGUGGAAGCUGCCGCUUCAUUAGACGUGUUUAUAAAGAUGUACCCAUCACUACUAAAUCCUGUUCCUAGGAGUGGAGGCCAGGCCAGGAUUGGGAGCACAGGGUCACUGCUGUUCCACCUGCUCUCUCUGUGGACACCAGGAAGUCUGUGUUUCCCGCACUAAGCCCUGCACGUUGAGUACCAGCCUAACUCCAUCCCAGUAAAUUGGGUGUUCCUCGGAGAGGCAUUCGAUUUACUCCCUGAGAAAUGGGCCUUGUACCUGUCACGGUUUGACCGAAAAACCUUAGAAUGGUAAUCCAGAGAAGACCUGCUGUUCGGGCCCAGCAUUGGUCUCUGUUCCAACUGCUUUCGGCAUUCCAUUAAGGAUAACCUAGUAAUUAUAACCCUUCACUUGCUGUGGCUCUCACUUUGCCGUUGAUUUCCAUAUGACAGAGAAUUAGGAUUGUCACAGUGUCUCUAACUUUGUGAUGACAGGACAUGACUUUCUUAAGGCACUCCAUUUGUCUCCUGUAAAGGACUACAGUAUACCUA